CUGCAGGAAACACCGUCCUGGGGAAUGAGGAGGUUCUGGAACAUUGCCUUGGAGGGUUCUAGGUUGGCUGUGCUCACAAUAGGUUACCAAGGGCACUGGGUAGAGGAAAGAUGCACCUGGAACCUGGGCAGUACAGAGGGGUGGAAGCCUGCUGGCACUGACCAUGGCUGGUGGGUACCAGCUUUGGGCACCCUGGUCUCCUCUUGAUGAGUCCCUGCAAUGGCUGAGGGGUGCCAGGUCUGUUGGCACCAAGCACCCCUUCCGAAGUGGGCAGAGCCCAGCAGCAGCUGACCUGGAAGUGCAGCUCUGCUUCCAGGGACUUAGUCUGGUGUUAGAGCCUGGUGCAAAGAUGGGGGCAGGGCAGCCGCAACCUCCUGGAGCAGCUGGAGAGACAAGGGGGCGCUCCAGCAGUGUGCACAGGCCACAGGUUGUGCGCCUCUCAGGGCUUGACUCUGUCUUUGGACACCUCGUGACAGCACAGCCCCCACGCUGGACUGGCUCUCUCAGAGUCUCUGAGCCCUCGGCCUUCAGUCAAGUCAUAAGUCCCCGCCAGCGCUGGCCCCGUGGACUCCAGGAGCCACAAGUGCGCAUGGCUAUGGCCAUGUGCCGACAGAUGCUGCGAGCCAUCCUUCUUCUCUAUGCUGUCUACAAGAAAUGCGCUUUUGCUUUGCAACAUUCCCACUGAGAAACAUUCCUGACUAAGAAGGGUCAUGGCUACGUGGCACCUUAGCGGAUCCCUGUAAAUGUGCCCCAGCAGGCUGGUUUAUUUCCUUGCUCCCCAAAGAACUAGCAGACUCUAUUUCUCAGUCACGUUCCUCCCAUUGAGAGACAAAACUUAGUUACCAGUGUCAGACUAUAAGGUGUCAGUCCAUGGAGGGACACACUUCUGUUUGCAGAGUCCACCAUAUGGCUUUGAUCCUCCACAAAG